UGCAUGACCACUGCAAUCGAUUGAUACCGAAUUCAUUGUUUUGAUGUAAUAUUUCCGAUUCUUGCUUCCUCUCUUUUGUAUGUAAGCCCACAGUACUGAAGUAGGUCAUCAGUAUUUAAAAGUCGGUUUCCCUUGUCGAGAUAUUUGCAGUCUUAAGCUGUCAGACCAAUUAUGUAAGCCGCAAAUCCGGUGCAACGAGAGGAAGCGGGCAUCUCGGUACGUGCGCGCUUUGAAAGAGCCUCAGUCAGAAAUUUCAUUGGAUCUUUGGAAAUGAUUACGAUUAUCGACUCUGUUAGCUGUGGUUUGGAAUGAUAUGUGAUUACUGCAGGAUAUCAUGCCCAUAUCUGAGUAUGAAAACAAUUUAACCGCCACAAAAUGGAAGGGAAUGUUUGUACCUGCGCUUAGAAAGGUGCAAUCGCAGGUUCACCCUGCGUUGAAAGUACACGACGAAGCGCUGGAAUACAUCGAAUCUUUGAUCGUUCAGCUCAUGAAUCAUCUGUGCGCCUGCCAGCCACGUUCAGUCGCCGAUGUCGAGGAACGAGUUAUGAGCUCAUUCCCUCAUCCGAUCGAGAAAUGGGCAAUCGCAGAUGCGCAAGCCGCGGUCGAAAGGGGAAAGAAGAAAAAUCCAGUGGUUUUACCGGCGGACAAAGUGCACGCUCUAAUCAAGGAUAUUCUAGGAUUCAAGGUGGAAUCCCAAGUCAGCCUUUACAUUGUGGCUGUUAUGGAGUACAUAUCAGCUGAUAUUUUAAAGCUUGCUGGUAAUUAUGUGAAGAAUAUCAGGCAUGUUGAAAUUACUUGCCAAGACAUUAAAGUUGCUCUAUUUGCUGACAAGGUAUUGAUGGACAUGUUUCAUCCUGAUGAUGUGGAGACAUCAGUGGAAGCAGAGACAUUGAGCAGUCAGCCAGCUCUGACCUAUGAUGAAGUUGUACGUGAAAUGAUGCUUGCAGAGGCUCAAUACAUCAGAGAUCUGAAUAUGAUUAUUAAGGUCUUCAGAGCUCCUUUUAUUGAAGCCAAGGAUCUUUUUCUGCAUGAGGAUAUCAGCCGGAUUUUCAGCAAUAUCACAGACAUCUAUGAUUUCUCUGUGACAUUUCUGGGUUUGCUGGAGGCAGCAAUUGAAGUUGCCGAUGAAGGCAAACCCCCAGCGAUUGGUGAAUGCUUUGAAGAAAUGGCGGAGAAUGUAGAGUUUGAAGUUUACUACACUUAUGCCAGUGAGCAGACUGCUUCAGCAAGCAAACAGUACAGACAUCUUGGCAUAGGUGGAAAACUGUCAGAGUUGUUGUUAAGAACUCCAGUAGAUGAAUACUUCAAGGCAAAAGGCCCAGGUUUCAAGGAAGCUGUGCAAUAUUGCCUUCCCAAGAUGCUUAUGAUGCCUGUGCAUCAUUGCUUGCACUACUUUGACCUCAUUAAGUUGCUGCUCAGGACAUCUCCCGAUGAAGAUGAUAGUGAGAGCUUGGAGCAGGCUCAGAGUGCUCUGGGACCCCUUCAGGCAAAGAUGGAGAGAAUUGUCCAGUCGUCUGGAAAUAUCACAAAGAGAAGAGAGGACCAGUUCACAAAAGCACAGAAGAGGAAAUCAGGAGCUUUCCGAUCAGCAGCUGUAAUCAUGAAUGAAUUACAGAGGAAUAUUGAAGGAUGGGAGGGAAGAGACAUUUCACAAUCCUGUACAGAAGUAAUGAAAGAGGGAACUCUUGGGAAAAUUCAUCCAAACAAAAGGGACACCGAAAGAUAUUGUUUUCUUCUGGAUGGUCUUCUUAUAUGUUGCAAACAGAAUACAAGACAUGCACUGACAGGUCCGUCGCCAGAGUACCGACUGAAAGAAAAGUAUUACAUAAGAAAGAUUGAAAUCAACAAUCUCGAUGAUACAGAAGAUGUGAAGAAUGCAUUUGAGAUUGUCGACAGAGACCAACCAAAAGCCGUCUUCACUUGCAAGACAGAAGAAGAUAAAAAUGAAUGGAUGUCAGUACUAAUGACAAUCUACAUGAGAAGUACUUUGGACCGGAUGUUGGACCAUCUUCUGUUGGAAGAAGAGAAAGCGAUUCCUCUUAGAAUGCCGAGUCCUGAUGAAUACUGUUUUGCUGUCGAAGACGCCGAAGACAACAUCGUGUUCGAGGAUGGACAAGGGAGCUCGAGUAAUGCUCCGGUCAUCAAAGGUGGAACAUUGAUAAAGUUGAUUGAAAGGUUGACUCAUCACAAGUAUGCGGAUCCAACCUUAGUGAGAACUUUCCUGACAACUUACAGAUCAUUCUGCAAAUCAACAGAGCUCUUAGAUUAUUUAAUUCAGAGGUUUGAAAUACCUGAGCCUCCCCCUAGCGAACUAGAUGAAUUAGCCAUGGCCAGGGGGGAGCCCGUUGUGCGUGAAGACCUCAACAGAUUCAGGAAGGAAUAUGCCCAACCUGUGCAACUGAGAGUUUUAAAUGUUAUUCGUCAUUGGGUGGACAACCACUGCUAUGAUUUUGAACGCGAUUCGCAGCUGUUGACGAAACUCAACGAUUUCCUGGAGACAGUCAAAGGCAAGGCCAUGAGACGUUGGGUGGAGUCGAUAAAAAAAGUUAUCGCCAGGAAGACGAAUUCCGACAAUGAUAUUGCUCCAGAAAUUACAUUUGAGAAAGAGCCGCCUCCGAUAGAAUGGCAUAUAGCAGCUUGUAACGAUAUCGAAAGAUUCGACCUCCUCACCCUGCAUCCAAUUGAGAUUGCUCGGCAGUUAACCAUCAUCGAGUCAGAACUGUACAGGUUUUUCAAGAAUUAAACAAUUUCAAUGGUAUUCUAGAAGUAGUUAGUGCAAUUAAUUCGUCUCCCAUCUUCAGACUGAAUCAUACGUUUGCAACAGACAUUUCCCUCAGAUCGCCAGGAACAAAGCCGAGCUAUCUACAAUCUCGUCUGUCCAUCACUUCUCAGACGUCUUUGAGAAGGAGCGCUUCUCAAGCCUCGUAUAUUUACUUACCAGAUAGCGACAUGUUUUCUUCAACGAUGUCGCUCUCUCCGAGCACCCCAAGGACGCCUUUGUCAGGGAUGUCCUUUCUGCCUCCCGACAGUGUCUCGGAAACAAUUUCCGAAUCUCCGUUGCUUGAAGACACGGAACCGGACUAUGUUAACAUCGAGAACUUUCCAGAGCAAGAGGCUCCGCCCGAUAUACCUCCAAGAAAACCGUCGAAUCAGACAAAACCUCGUGCGGCGUCGGUGAAUGGCGACAGGCCUUCCGAACAUGUGACUUCUUCUAUUCGUCGGCAUAUGUCGGAAACUCCAAGUAUCCCUCGGAAACCAACGAAGUCAGUGACAAUAGAAAGGUGUCAGAACAUUGCUCAAGACGACGACGACGACGACGACGACGACGACAACGACAAUGAUGCCCCUCCAAUACCCCCUCGGGAACCAAGUAGGGGGCAUCGUCGAACUCCACCUCCCAUUCCCCCAAGGGUGCCUGGAGGGUGUGAACCCUCGACCGGGAAUUUGGAAUUAACUAAUCACGAAGACACUCAUCCCCCGGCUUUGCCGCCCAAAACAAGACGUUCAUGACAAUUAUGAUGUCGUGACCGAUCAACGCGUGACAGGCUUAUCAUUGUGUGACAUGCCUUUACUAAAUGACUUCUAUGACAUGGAGUACCGCUUGGAAUUUAAUUUGCUUUUCAAAUUGAUCUUCAAACAUAGCUGCAAAUGGCUUCAAUUAUCUCAAAAAAUAGACCUGAUUUCGAUCAGGAAUAGAAUUAUAAAUUAGUAUAAAUUCGAAUAAUUUUUUUCACUUUUCGAGUGCAAUAUGUAAACAAAUACCUGAAUUUGGAGCAAUUGAAAACAAUUCAGAAUGAAUAGACAACAAGCUUAAAGUGCAUUCGUUUUUAAUCCUUUGACUAAAAAAACGUGUCUGCUAAGGCAUGGAACGAGUGCGUUCACAAUGGUAGAUAAUAAUACGUUCCAGGUGAACGUUGCAUUGUGCUUGUGGUGUUUUUGCUACAUGGGAGGGGUAGGAGAGUUUAUUAUAGGUGUAGAGGUACCUCCUUGGGCAUCCUGCAAUUACAUUAAAGGCUUGACAAGCUUUUAUUUGUGAGAAUGUUUUGAAAAAUUUUGCUUUGUCGCUCAGUGCGAUCGGAGAUAAACUGUAAGUCAGAUACGUCGAAUUGUUUUUUUAACUGCCAGAAAAUAAAGGCUUAUGAAUUUCUAA